AAGCGGCUCAGACUACGUGUUCUAGAGCCUUCGAAUCACGUAGUAGUAGAAAGGGUAGAGGAGAGAGGAGAGAGAGUGGUCAGUGGUCACCCUGACUAGCCUCCUCUUAACCAGGGUUAAACUCUCUCAACGCGUUGGGUUAAAGGGGGGUUCAGAGAGAGAGAGAGAAGAAACGAACAGAACAAAUUUCAGAAGGAAAGAAGAGAUAAAGAAGAGAGAAGAGAGAAGAGAAAGAGAGGGUUUUGUGGUUUGGACUAGUAAAUAUAUAAAAUACAUACCAUAUAUAUAUAUGCUAGUCGACUCGGGGGAUUCUUCAACCCCUUGAACCUUCUUCCCCAGAAUCUGAGACUCUGACGUUAACCUCAUCGUCUGUUUCUUCUUCUUUAUUCUUUGUACGAGUGGUUUCGUCAUUGGGAGCUUCGUAAGCUUGGUGCUUCUUUCGGAUCUUGCAGUCUGCUGAUCUUGUCCUGCUGAUAUCUCGCAAUGGCCCAUUCAAUGUAGCUUUAAGCUGUAUUCACUUUCUUCUGCAUUAUUCUUGUCUCGUGAUACCGUUGAUUAGUUGGAAUCUUUGGCUUCAAAUUGGAUUUAUUCUGUUUAAUGAUUUUUUGGGAAUUGGUUUGAUUUCUAAUUCGAUCACCUGUGGCAUCGGUGUUUGGUGUCUCCUCGGGAGGGACAAACUUCUCGUCCUCCGCCACCUCUGUUCGUGGCCGUCAAACCCUUCCUCGUCUUCUUUUCGCUUGAUGUCUCGUGAGUUGGACAGCCCUGUUCAGACUCAGAUGGCAGUAGCAAUUUUUAAGAGCCCGCUUAGGACGGAGUAUCAUCAUGGAAGCCAGAGAAUUGAAGGGAGGCAGCCUGCUGGGAGGAGACGUGUUUUCGUCCAAACUGAAUCUGGGUGUGUCUUGGGGAUGGAGUUGGAUCGUAUGGAUAAUGCUCAUACCGUUAAGAGGAGACUGCAGAUUGCUCUGAGUGUCCCUACCGAAGAGAGCUCGCUGACGUUUGGGGAUAUGGUUUUAAAUAACGAUCUCAGUGGCAUUCGAAAUGAUUCCCCUCUUCUUCUUACUCGGAACCUUUUGCAUAGAAGCUCGUCCACUCCAUGUCUCUCACCUACCGGCAAGGAUCUACAGCAUAGAGAUAAGAGUGGUCCCAUCGAGAUAUUGGGGAAAUCAGAAACGAGAACUAAAGAAUUAGUCAAGGAUAUUGUGAAGGCUGUCAAGAUGGGGGUCGAUCCCCUUCCUGUCCAUAGUGGACUUGGAGGUGCCUAUUACUUUAGAAACUGCAAAGGUGAGAGUGUUGCUAUUGUGAAACCAACUGAUGAAGAACCUUUUGCACCAAAUAACCCAAAGGGAUUUGUUGGCAAAGCUCUUGGGCAACCUGGUUUGAAACUCUCUGUUCGGGUUGGAGAGACGGGGUUUAGAGAGGUUGCUGCUUACCUUCUUGAUAAGGACCACUUCGCAAACGUGCCUCCCACUGCAUUGGUGAAGAUCACUCACUCAAUCUUUAAUGUAAAUGAUGGGGUGAAUGGGAACAAGUCUAACAAGAAGAAGCUGGUGAGCAAGAUUGCAUCUUUCCAACAGUUUAUACAGCAUGAUUUUGAUGCCAGUGAUCAUGGGACUUCAAGUUUUCCAGUUGGUGCUGUGCAUCGUAUAGGGAUCUUAGACAUUAGAAUUCUAAACACUGACAGGCAUGCUGGGAAUCUUUUAGUUAGAAAGCUUGAUGGUGUUGGGCAAUUUGGUCAAGUGGAUCUCAUUCCUAUUGAUCACGGUCUUUGCCUUCCGGAAACCUUGGAGGAUCCAUAUUUUGAGUGGAUUCAUUGGCCUCAAGCCUCAAUUCCAUUCACAGAUGAUGAGCUCGAGUACAUUGAAAAGCUUGAACCGCAGAAGGAUUGUGACAUGCUGAGGAGGGAGCUCCCCAUGAUUCGUGAAGCAUGUUUGAGGGUGUUGGUCCUUUGCACCAUUUUCCUCAAGGAAGCUGCCGCUUAUGGCCUCUGUCUUGCUGAGAUUGGUGAGAUGAUGAGUCGUGAGUUUAGAAGUGGUGAGGAGGAACCCAGCGAGCUUGAGGUCAUCUGUAUGGAGGCAAGGAGGAUAGUAGCAGAAAGGAUUAUAAUUUCAGAAGAGGUUUUAUCUCCAAAAACUGAUAUGAAUGAUGAGGAUUUCCAGUUUCCCAUAGACUACGGGGAAUGGGAGUUAGAUGCAUCGACAAAAUUUAUUCCAGAUGAAUCUAUGAUCAGGUCACCUUUUCAUUUUGGAAAUGGAAGUGGGCAUGGACGAUCUCCACUCUCCAAACUGGAAGAAAGCAUAGAGGAGGAGGACGAAGAGAAAAGUGAUGACGAACAUCAAAAAUUGUUUGCAAAUUUCCCAAAUAUUGAGAAGAUCCCAAAAAUUUCUAACCUUUCAAUGUCGCUUAAGAGCACUAGUCUAAGUGAGAAAAACCAAAAAUACCCAAAAUAUGUGGGAUCAAAACCUGAAAAUGGUUACAUUGUGAAUACAUCAUCUGGCCACAGAAGUGCAAAUGAGCAGCUUCCAGCAAGCAUGAGCUUUGUGAAGUUAGCAGACAUGAGUAACGAGGAGUGGACACUUUUCCUUGAGAAGUUUCAAGAUUUGUUGUACCCAGCAUUUGCGAAACGCAAGUUUGUGACCCUAGGCCAGAGGCAGAGACAGAGGCUUGGUACUUCGUGCCAGUUUUGAGUUUGUGGCACUAGUAGUGUAUGGUAUGAGAAACUACUAAAAGAUGCUGAAUAAGAUUUGUAGGGUUUCUGGGAGUCGAGUAUUACUAUUGGUAUAAGUGUAGGUUUGGUUUAUAUGAGUCUUCUCCCUGGAAGUAGUGGGGGUUCGACAGCAGGAGGAUGUGUAAAUAUUCUUGGCAUCAGCUGAGCGAUGAGCUUAGUAGAUUUGAUGUAUUUCUUCGUUUACGUUUUGUUUUUUUAUUUCUUUUGUUUUUUUUUUAUCUUUCACCCCUUGUGGACUUGUUUGAUAAAUAAUUUGUAGACUGAGAUUUGGAGGAAAAAAAAAUAUAUGUACAGUGAACUCUGUUUCUUAUUGUAUCCCAUUAGAACUUGGCUUUUAUAUAUUGUAGCUUGCACAAA